AUGACCACCACUCCCUCAACGGAUGGCUUGGGCGACUUUGCGUCUCGACUACUAUUCUUCAACAAUGAAUUUCCCAACGACGACCUACGGGAUUUAUUCCGCCGCCUGCACACUAACAGCAAGUGUCAGCGAUUUCGCUCCCUAGCUACUUUCCUCGACGCAUGUGGCGAUGUGCUUCAUGAUGAAGUCGCAGCGUUGCCUUUGCACCUGAAGAAGCUCGUCCCGUCGUUCAAGUCAGUUUUGUCCCUCGCGGACGAUCCUGAUUUCAGACAGGGUCCAUUGGGCGGAGCAUUGGAAAGUGCCCUGCUAUGCGUUCUGGAGAUUGGCAUGUUCAUUGGUCACCAUGAAGCCCAGGAUCUGCCCCUAGAUAUAUCUGGUGCUAGGACGACGCUAUCUGGCCUCAGUAUUGGGUUGUUUGCUGCUGCUGCCAUCUCGGUCUCCAGCUCCUUGGCAGAAGUCGCCAUCAACGGUGUGGAGAGCGUGAGAGUCGCUUUCAGACUGGGCGUCCAUGUCAACGACGUGUCUGAGAGACUCGAGUCGCGCGACCAAGACGGAAAUUAUGACAGCUGGGCCUAUGUGUUGACUGGCCUGUCCGUCGCAAAGGUGCAGGAGGAGCUCGACCGCUACAACACAGAAGCAGCCAACCCCACGCCGACAAAAGUCUUCAUCAGUGCGUCAGACAAGACUUCAGUCAGUGUUACGGGUCCGCCAUCUCGCCUGAAAAACGCAUUCAGACACUCUCAAGCCCUGCGUUAUUCAAAGCACCUCCCGAUGCCGGUUUUCAAUGGGUUGUGUCAUGCUCCACAUCUCUACACUGCUGAAGACGUCCGGUCUAUCGUCCAUGGCUCUGCACCCAGAUGCACUCACUCUCUUCGCAUCCAGCUUCCGUUGCUCUCGCCACAGACGGGCAAACAAUUCCUCGCUCGCUCUGCCGGUGACCUCUUCGAAGAGAUCGCUGCUGACAUCUUGAUGGGUGGCAUUUUCCUCGAUAACCUCAGUGGCGGAAUCCUGGCCUCGAUCUCUGAUUUUGGAUCAGCAGAAUGUGAGGUAUUUCUCUUCCGCUCAUCUCUGGUCUCGAACAGCAUAUUGGCAACCGUGAGCGAGGGUCUCGGCCAAGUAACGAUGAAGCGCGCUGAUUAUAUCGACUGGUGUUUUGACGGCAUCACGCCUUGCAAACCGCGAACUGUUGCACAGUCUACUCUCGCCAUCGUUGGAAUGUCUUGCAGGCUGCCUGGGGGCGCCAACGACUGUAAGCUAUUCUGGGACCUUUUGAAAGAAGGAAGAGACACACACACCGAAGUCCCGGCCGACAGGUUCGAUUUACAGGCACAUUUCGAUCCGACUGGCCAGAUCCCCAAUUCGACGCCCACACGUUGGGGGAAUUUCAUCGAUCAACCGGGCAUGUUUGACGCCGCCUUUUUCAACAUGUCCCCGAGAGAGGCAGAGCAAACAGACCCCAUGCAUCGGCUGGCCCUCGUCACGGCCUACGAGGCGCUCGAAAUGUCGGGAUAUGCACCAAAUAGAACACCGUCCACGACUCUGGAACGGAUAGGCACAUACUACGGUCAAGCAAGCGACGAUUGGAGGGAGUUGAAUGCAGCUCAAAACAUCGGGACACAUGCGGUGCCAGGAGGGGAGCGAGCCUUUGCCAACGGACGCAUCAACUACUUCUUCACAUUCGGCGGUCCAAGCUUCAACAUCGAUACCGCAUGCUCCAGCGGACUGGCUGCUGUCAAUGCCGCAUGCUCAGCGUUGUGGGCCGGCGAAGCAGACACGGUCAUCGCGGGCGGUCUCAGCAUUAUCACAAAUCCCGACAACUACGCCAUGCUGGGCAAUGGUCAUUUCUUGUCCAGGACAGGUCAGUGCAAGGUGUGGGACGAAGGAGCUGACGGGUACUGCCGAGCUGAUGGUGUCGGCUCUGUCGUAAUCAAACGCCUAGAAGACGCAGUUGCGGACAACGACAAUGUCCUCGCCACCGUGCUCGCUGGUGCAACAAACCAUUCCGCCUAUGCCGCCUCUAUCACUCAGCCCCAUGCUGGGGCCCAGAAGAGCAACUACGCUCAGGUCGCACAAGCCGCAGGUAUCAACCCUCUCGAUGUAGGCUACGUCGAACUUCACGGUACCGGAACGCAAGUCGGAGAUGCGGUUGAGUCUGAGUCGGUUUGUGAUUUCUUCGCUCCCCUCUCCCCACGUCGCCGCGCCGAUCAGCCUCUCCACUUGGGAGCCUUGAAAUCCAACAUUGGGCAUGGCGAGGCUGCUGCGGGCAUUGCCUCACUGAUCAAGGUGCUACUGGUCUACCAAAACAAUGAGAUCCCGCCACACAUUGGGAUCAAAACGGCUAUCAACCCCAUCAUACCUCUGGAUCUAGCAAAGCGACAAGCUGGCCUUGCUAUGAACCUGCAGCCGUGGCCGAGGGAAGCUGCGAAGCCUCGAUACGCUGUUGUGAACAGUUUCGGGGCCCAUGGUGGUAAUACCACGUUGAUACUCGGAGACGCGCCUGAAAGGAAACUCAGCGGCUCUGACCCAAGAUCGAGCCAUCCGGUGGUGGUCUCUGCGAAAAGCAAGAAUUCUCUGAAAGACAAUCUAACAGCUCUCGUCGAAUAUCUUGACAAGCAUCCAGGUACCGAUCUGGGCGACCUGUCGUAUACGACCACGGCUCGGCGAAUCCAUCACAGCUCCAGAGUGGCCGUCUCAGCUUCCAGCAUUUCUCAAUUGCAAAAAGCUUUACUCUCUACCCUUCCUACUGUCGGAGAAAUCCGCCCCGUGUCGGUAACUGCACCUUCGAUCGCAUUCGCUUUUACCGGCCAAGGCUCAUUCUACCUGGGAAUCGGCGUGGCAUUAUACAAAUCAUUCCCGUACUAUCGCGAACAGAUUGUCCACCUCGACCAUCUGGUACAGGGAUUCGGCUUCCCCUCGGUCGUUCCACUCAUCGAAGGUACAUCCGAGAAUGGAGUCUCUCCUCUCACAACGUCACUCGCCAUCGUCGUCAGCCAACUUGCCCUCGCUGAAUUCUGGUCGUUCCUUGGAGUCAAACCCAGCGCUGUCGUUGGCCACAGUCUCGGCGAAUAUGCGGCUUUGGCCGUGGCUGGUGUGAUAUCGGCAGCCGACGCAAUCCUUCUCGUGGGGAAACGUGCAGAACUCGUCGUCUCCAAGUGCGAAGAGGGCAGUCAAGUCAUGCUUGCGGUGCGCGCAAGCGUCGAUAAGAUAAAAAGUAUUGCUAUGGACGGAAGGUACAACGUUUCCUGCAUGAAUGGAAGCAACGACACCGUCUUGGGAGGCUCUCGAGAAGAUAUUCAGGGUACGCGAGAGGCCCUGGAACAUGAAGGCGUAAAGUGCACACUCCUUGAUGUCCCCUUUGCAUUCCAUACCAGUCAGAUGGACCCUAUGCUGGGACCGUUCGAACAGGUGGCAAAGCACGUCACUUACAAAAUCCCGAGGAUUCCCAUUCUCUCCCCACUCCUCAGCACUUGCGUGUUCGACGGUAAAACCAUCAACGAGAAGUACUUGAGCAAAGCGGCCCGAGAUCCUGUCAAUUUCGUCGGCGCUCUGGAGGCUGCCCAGGACCUUGGCAUCGUUGACGAGAAGACCAUGUGGAUCGAGAUCGGGUCCCACCCCGUGUGCCUCUCCUUCAUUCGAGGCAACAUUGCAGACGCGCAAGUGACUGCAUCGCUUCGUCGCGACGAGGACAACUUUGCGACCUUGUCCAGCACUCUCGCAUCACUCCACCGUGUCGGUAUCAAUGUCAACUGGAAUGAGUACCACCGCCCGUACGAAAGACACCACACCCUCUUAUUGCUCGACACGUACAAGUGGAAUGAGAAAAACUAUUGGAUACAAUACGAAGGCACCUGGACUCUGGACAAGGCCUAUCCGAACGGCAACCCGAACAAGACGCCAACGACGCAAAGCGGUUCUGCACUGCGGACUUCUUCUAUGCAGCAGAUUAUAUCAGAAGAAAUAACCGAAACCACAGGCAAGCUUGUCGUCGUCUCGGACAUGAUGCACCCAGAACUACUGAGCGCCUUAGACGGCCACCACAUGAACGGAUAUGGUGUGGCGACGUCGUCGAUCUGGGCUGAUAUGGCUUUGACUGUCGGCGAAUAUCUGUACAAGCGCAUGGUGCCAGGGGCCGAGCCGGUGUCAAUGAACGUUUCCGACAUGCUGGUGGAACACGCUCAAAUCGUGAUGUCGAACCGAGAGGGCGCACAGCUUUUGCAAGUAGAAGCCGAGAUGGACCUCGAGGACCUGACCACGGCUGUGCAGUGGUACAAUGUGAACAACGCAGGCGAACGCUCUGAAGAGCCGUAUGCUACCGCGACAGUUCGAUACGAAGAGUCCGAGGAUUGGGAGGCCGAGUUCAGCAGGGUGUCGUGGCUAGUGGACAGCCGCGUCGAAACACUGACAGCCAUGGUCCCUGGAGGCUCCGCCAGCAGGCUGUCACGAGAUCUGACGUACACACUGUUCGAGAACGUAGUCGAUUACUCGGAUAAGUACCGCGGCAUGCAUUCUGUCGUGAUUCACGACUUCGAAGCCUUCGCGGACGUAAUAUUGGCACCCGAGAGGCACGGCACCUGGCAUACGCCUCCCCACUGGAUCGACAGUCUCUUCCACGUCGGUGGAUUUGUCAUGAACGGCAGUGCAGCCUCCAACACCAAGGACUAUUUCUACGUCACCAACGGCUGGAGUAGCUGCCGUAUGGCGAAGCCUGCGGUUGCAGGCGGUAGCUACCGGAGCUAUGUGCGCAUGGCGCCGACGAGCGAGCCCAACAUGUUCUCUGGCGACGUGUAUGUCCUGCAGGACGGGACGGUCGUGGGCAUGAUGGGUGGCAUGAGGUUCCGCCGUGUCAACCGCAUUUUGAUGGACAGGUUCUUCUCGCCGCCAGAUGUGGCAGCGGGAGGCGUCACUAAAACCACGUCGUCGGUACGUGCUACUCCCGUCAAACCGAAAUCGACGGCCAAACCCAAGCCUGCCGCGUCUCAACGCGCUUCCACAAAGGCCACGCGCAACGUGCAGGCAACGAGGUCCGCUGUGGUAGAGCAAGUCGUAAAAGCAGAUGACGAAGAAACGAAAGAAGCAGCUCCCGCGGUGAAAGGUGAUAGCAACGCCAGUGAAAUGGCAGGAGGCGUCGUGGGCGACGCGCUGAAGCUCAUUGCCAAAGAGACGGGACUCGAGCUUUCCGACCUGACCGACGACGCCAUGUUUGUGGAGCUGGGCGUCGAUUCCCUCACUUCGCUGGUCCUGGCCGAGACGUUCAAGAAGCAGCUGUCGAUCGAGGUCAAGAGUUCGCUCUUCCUGGAGUGUCUCAAUGUCGGAGACCUAAAGGCGUGGCUCGAGCAGAAUGCGUGA